CAUAUUCAAAAUCAACUUUGAAUCUAGAACUGAUGUAAAACUAGUGUGACUUGAAGAGCAUGGCCGAGAGCGGCGACCCACUAAUACUGCUUUGAAUCGAUAUCGCAACGCUCCUCCACAUACUCAUCGGAAUUGCACCGUUACUGAGAGAGAAAGUCCAUUUCUUAAUCCUGUGCAACGUACAAACUUUUGUGAUAUAAGAAAGCCAUAAUAAAAAACCAUGGCUCCUUUGACUUUCGGACCACCGAGCAUGAGGAAGUCACAGAAUGGCAUGAACGACGACGAAAAAGCUAUCGAGCUCCUCGCCGAUAACUUGAACGGCGAUAACCGGAACCGGACCCUCGCGAAGAUCUUGAACGGCGAUAACAACAGCUGGAGUAGCAACAAUAGUAGGUACAAAAGGGGGCGGAUGAGCAAUGAUGAGGAAAGGAAUCGGGACUACCAGCCGGCUUACCAAGGGGUCGGCUGCUGCGGCCAUCUGCUGAUCCUAUCGCUUCCAAUUCUUGCCAUGGCGUUUACGCUCGCAUUCUUGCUUGUUCUCUUGGUCUUUGAUCGGUCGCAGAUACAAAAUAUGGACUUGUAUGGAGAUGAGACUGUUUACGAAGUUGCCGAUAUUUAUUUCGGUUCCAUAAGCCAGGACACCAUCUCCUUUAUAAUGAGUCAAUACAAUCCCUAUUACGACAUUAUCAUCUUGGUCUCGAUUGCCUGCGGGCUGGUUUCGAUAGUCACGGUCGCGCGGAACAUCCAAAUCGAGGUUUACCACCAGCGGACUCAGUCCAACAUUUUGAUAAAAAUGAUGAACUACCUCUCGUCGACUGUGAACAUUGCAUCCUACCUGGGUCUCAUGGUAGCAGUGGCAUUCAAAAGCAACCAGGAAGCUCCCACCUGGGCCUCGAAGGCCCACUACUAUGGGGCUGGAAUUUUUUUUGCGGGGACGGCCGUUUAUGCGGUGUUACAUUCUCUGUUGCUUUGUAGCCAGAGACACUACCCAACCGUUUUGAAGGUAUUAUUUUUCGGGCUUGCGGUCACGAUUGUCACGUGUUCUCUCCUCUUUGUGAUCCCUCUUUGGAACGAUGGAUUGUCCGAGGACGGUAUCAACCCGGUAUACGAGUGGAUCGCCGUCUUUACAACAGCCAUUUACGUUGGCUUUUACGCUCUCCUCUUUCAUCUCGAUUCGGUUGACGACGAGCUAUGGCAGUUUUUUUCUGGCGUCCGCAGUCGUCCUCGCCGCUACCGGCAGCGACGGCAGGGAUAGACCGGCUUCACUAUGCGGCCUCACUAUGCUUGCAAAACACAAAUCAGAGACUGUAAACCAUUGACCUUGAUCCUAUCUAAGCACUCGGCAAUCAUAGACCAUCAUUUUAGACCGUACUGUUGAUCGAAGCCAUACUUUAAAUUCAUAUCCCCCACUGUUCGCAGGAGAAUGGAGACAUCAUUACUACCCUCCACGGGACAGUCUGUUCAUGACUUGUUGCUUACGAUGUCUGAUGUCUGAGAUCUAAUGACCGAUGUCCAGUAGUUGUUGGUAUCUACUUCUGGCUCAAAUCAUUAUUAUUUAUAACAUCACCUAAGAAUAGUUUUAUCUUGCUCAACAUCAACCAUCCCCUGAAAGUACAUGUAAGUACUAUUAGUAGUAAUACUACUACUACUAGUAGUAGUAGUAGUACGAAGUAAUAGAAAUAUUACCAAAAAUAGAAAAUAGUCCACUGCGAGGAAAUCUUUCGAGACGAAACGAGACAACACUCGUGAGUCAAUUGUUUCUUUUAGUCAUGUUUCGUCUUCUGAGUUUCGAUGGAGUUGUGAGUUUUGAAUUUUUUGAUCAUUUUUUCUUUUGUUUUCUUCAUUCCUAACUACCGGUACGUGUGUUACCGAUACGUGCAUAGAUUAUCUCGACGUCGGCGAAUAGCAACUACGGUAAUUCGGACGACGGUCGACGACGGUACCUAACGUCUUUACCACAGCAUUCGUGAGACUGGGUAGAAAGGAUAUAUCACAAGACUUAUUCUUUUUGACAUCCGCUUUGGAGGUGCGAAGACAGAUGCUUCCUCAGCAGUGGGUUCGGUUUCCACUGGCAUCGACAACGCAAUUCUUGUUGUUGUCAUCGCGUCGUGCAAGAUCCUCGUCUUCCACACAAAACAAAUAUGGUUGGAGAAGCCAACACUUAGGUUUUCACCAUCUCAACUACAGUGGUCUAAGCACGAUAAGUUUUUGCAGUAAAAAUAUUCGCAAGAAUAUUCAACAUGAACAUGAACACUAUCACAAACGAGGCGUACGGCUCCGUUCUUUUGCUUUCUUUUCGAGCCUUCGUUAUAGCAGCAUCUUCCUCCAUAGAAAAUAUCGCGUCCGUAACCACAACCAGAGAUUUGGGGUGCAAUCACGGUUUAAUUCUUUUUCGUCUACCCCCAAGCGAUCGCCAUACGCCGUCUUGGAACUGAACCAAUCCAACAAGAACAAUGGGAUCGUCACCAAGGGCGACAUCCGAGCCGCCUUUCGCCGAUUGGCCAAGGCCUAUCACCCCGACCUCAACCGCCAUUCCGAAACAGCAAGGGUAGAAGUUCUCACUAAGGAGGAAUGCGAAGCCAAGAUGGCCGAGCUAGUCGAGGCCUAUCACAUUCUCCUGGACGACGACGAUGAUUUUGCGGCGCGCUUUCAGGUCGGCCAUUCAAACAAGGUCGCCUUGGCUUGCGAGCUGUAUUCACUCGACGAACUUGAGUUGGAUCGUUUCCACGACGUGUACGCAUUGGAAAUGGAUUUUGGGUCGGGCGAGGGUGAAGACAAAAGUCGAGACAAUCAAGACGAGGAGCAAGACCAAAACGGGGCGGACGAAAAGGGCGAAAACCACAAUUUUUCUGCCGACAAGGAAGGUAGUAGUAGCAGUAGCAUCACCACCAAGUCGUUGGUCCAGACUAGUAGCUGCAAAAAAAGGAUCCUUGUGCACGCGCAUCCCGAGGACAGCGUGUCAGAUCUGAAACGCCAGCUGGAAGAAGACCACGGAGUCGAAUGGGGGCUGCGGCAGCCACGGCAUCCCAAUAGCAGGAGCGCUGACGAUUCGCUGGAGCGCCGAAAGGACCGUGACGGCCUUUCUAUCGGGUGGGAGCUCCUGGUACUGCGCGAGAGCAGCGAUGACGACAGCAUCCUUGACAACAUUGGUACGAGCUGCCAAGACGAAGAACGAGGUAGCAGCAGCAUUCAUGCCAGAAACAAUGGCGGUGGAAGUGCCACCGAAUCAACUGGAGUCCAAAACCAGGUACUCAGCUAUCACUUGUUCCUCGAUGAUUAUAGGAUACAACACGGGGAGACCAUCUUCGUGGUCGUCCGGAAGCACGAUGCAUAAGCCAAAAGCUAACUAGUACAACCUUUUGAUGCACAUGUUUUCUGUUAUGCGCAAAAUAAUAGCGACCAAAAGAGUUCGUGCGUCACAUGUAGAAUAAUGACUUGGAAAGGAAACUCAUAGUUUGACCGAUUUAUUUGCAUAACAUCUAGCUCAUUGUAUUCGAAUCAUAUGAUUGUGACUCCUUUUUGAAGGAGGGACAUCUCUUCUACACAGCUGUGUUAUCCGUUCUCAAUGAAUUAUUAUAACGGAG